CACAGAAGGCCUUGGAAAUAUCAGAGCAGGUUAAAAAUGGCAAGGAAUUUGUCUGCGGGAAUCUCGAAAACAAAACACCAGUUUUGCUGUCUCUGUCCAGAUACUUAAGAAGUGGAGCAAGGGAUUCACUCGAUCAUCCUUCCUGCUCAGACUGUGGGGAGGGAUUCACUCGGUCAUCUGAACGACUGGCACACCGGUCAUUUUAAACAGGUGAGGAACCCUGUUAAAAUCUGCUCGUCUGCUCAGACAGUGGGAAUGGAUACAGUUGGUCAUUUUAUCUGAAGGGACAUCACCAAGUUGACACUGGGACAAGGCCAUUCACCUAUUCUGUGUGUGAGAAGGGAUUCAGUCGGUCAUCCCACCUGUGGACACACCAGUCAGAUCACACUGGGCAGAGGCUGGUCCUUUGCUGAAUUUGUGGAAGGACUCACUCGGUCAUCUGACCUAAUGGUUCACUAGCAAAUUCACUCCGGGGAGCGGCCGUUCACCUGCUCAGACUGUCGGAAGGGAUUCACUUGGUAAUCCACCCUAAUGGCUCACCAACAAGUUCACACCGGGCAGUGGCGGUUCACCUGCUCGGACUGUGGGAAGGGAUUCACUUGGUCAUUCCAACUGAAGGUACAUCAGAGAGUUCACACUGGAGAGAGGCCGUUCACCUGCUUGGACUGUGGGAAGGGAUUCACUCAGUCAUCUGAACUGAAGGUACAUGAGAGAAUUCACACUGGAGAGAGGCCAUUCACCUGCUCAGACUGUGGGAAGGGAUUCACUCGGUCAUCCACCCUAAUGGUACACCAACGAGUUCACAACGGGCAGCGGCCAUUCACCUGCUCGGACUGUGGGAAGGGAUUCACUUGCUCAUCUGAACUGAAGGUGCAUCAGCGAGUUCACACUGGAGAGAGGCCAUUCACCUGCUCAGACUGUGGGAAGGGAUUCACUCAGUCAUUUAAGCUGAAAGUACAUCAGCGAGUUCACACUGGGGAGCGGCCAUUCACCUGCUUAGAGUGUGGGAAGGGAUUCACUCAGUCUGCCCACCUACGAGCACACAGGUCAGUUCACACUGGGGAGAGGCUGUUUACCUGUUUGUACUGUGGGGAGGGAUUCAUUUUGUCAACUCAGCUACUGAGACACCAGUCAGUUCAUAGUGGGGAGAGGUCAUUCACCUGCUCAGACUGUGGGAGGGGAUUCACUCAGUCAUACAACCUAAUGGCUCACCAGCGAGUUCACACCGGGGAGCGGCCGUUCACCUAUUCGGACUGUGGAAAGGGAUUCACUUGCUCAUCUAAACUGAAGCUACAUGAGAGAGUUCACACUGGAGAGAGGCCAUUCACCUGCUUAGACUGUGGGAAGGGAUUCAUCACAUCAUCUCAACUGAAGGUACAUCGAAGAGUUCAUACUGGGGAACGGCCAUUCAUCUGCUCAGAAUGUGGGAAGGGAUUCACUCAGUCAUGUCAUCUAAAGGCACAUCAGCUAGUUCACACCAGAGAGAGGCCAUUCACCUGCUCAGACUGUGGGAAGGGAUUCACUGGGUCAUCCCAACUACAAGCACACCAGUCAGUUCACACUGGGGAGAAGCCAUUCACCUGCUCAGUCUGCGGGAAGAGAUUCAGUCAGUCAUCUAAUCUGAAGGUACACCUGCGAGUUCACACUGGGGAGAAGCCAUUCACCGUCUGAAGCCUGAAUUUUACCUCUGCAUAGAUGCUACUUGUGUGUUCUUGUGUCUGUGUCACUCUGCCAAAACGCGAGUUGGCGUUGGGGUUCUGUGGUACUGUGUUGCAUUGACUCGUGCUGAGUUGGGAACGACGGCGACUGCUGACUACAUCUUGUUGGAGUUGGAGCUAAUCGAUGUUGAACAAGAGUUACUUUUAUUGAAAUUACUGCAGCGCAGGAAAGAGAAGUUUCCCCAUUACUUUGUGCAGUCCACAAUGUCCAAACCGAUGUUUGUGGAAAUUUCUUUGCACGAAUUUGAUGCCAUUUUCAAAUGUUUAUUCUCUGCCGUUGAAGAGUCAUGCAAAUGUACAUAUUUUCUGACUACAUCACGUAACCUUUCCUCGACUUGGUCCACUUCCCAACUUCAAAGCAACUGGAAAUUCAUAGGAGGAAACUGGCUGCUGCCAAGUGAACCAUUCACAGUUCUUGCGGUCUGUGUCACCACGACGCAUAGCUACAUUUUUGGGAAUGUGCAUGUUAGGCCUCAUUAGGUAAAAGACUUUCUUGGAGGCGCUACAUGGAGUGGGUAGCUUUCGGGCCUUGCUCCACUCAUUUUAUAUUUACUUACCACCCCUUUAAUAUCUUUAACAAAGUGUUUAUAACACUUUUAUAUGUUUGAAUUUGAAUUUUAAUCGACUGAAAUGGCUUAUAGAGGAAGAAAGGUAUUAGCUGAAGGCGAGGAAACUGGCAACGGAAAUGGGAAGAAAGAAGAUGUCUUUGAACAGCCUAAAGAGUUUCAACUUACUUCACAGGCUAUCUCGAAUCUUUUGGAUGAAAAACUUGAUAAAAGGUUUAGUACCUUGGAAUUAUGGUUCAAGGAGAGCUAAGGUGGAUUGGCAACACUUGAAAAGAAGAAUGAAAAACAGCAGUGACAAAUUUCAGUGCCUUAUAAGCUGGAAAACAGAGAGAUCACAAAUUGAAUUCUUUGGAAAAGAAACAAACUUCGAUCACUCAUACAUUGGAGCAGAAUAAAGUCAAGAUUAUUGAUUUGGAGAGUCGAAGCCACAGACUGAAUUUGCGAAUAAUAGACACAGUGAGGACAUUGAGAGCUGGGAUCUUACUCAGUUUUUUCUCAAUUCUGAAUGGAGGUCUUUGGCUCAGAGGUUUUUUCUUCUCUUCAUGCGCUCGACCGCGCACAUCGGGCGCUGAAACCAAAACGAUCGAAAGGGUUAAAACCGCGUCAUGUAAUUCUUUGAUGUCACAAUAUGAAUACUAAGGAGCUCUUCAUUCCGAUUGCUCAUCAGAAAGGAGUUACUGAGCACGAGCAUCUUAGGUUUCAUUUUGUUGAAGAUUGUUGUCCUCAGGUUAUGCAAGAAAGAUCGCAUUUUAAAAUGGUGAUGUCAGAAUUAUAUCAGAGGAAUCUUCAUCCAGCUUUGUUAUAUCCCUUUCACCUAAGGGUUGUUCUGCCUCAUAGAUCAUUCAAAUGCUUUAAAUCCAUGGAUGAAGCAAAACAAUUUCUCGAAGAUCUAAGCUUGAAUGCAGAUGUCUAAUAUUUCGAAGAUCAAUAUUUGUGUAUGGAUGUCUAUGAAAUUUACCAUUCCUUUGUGUCUGUUUAUAUCUGGUUUAUUAGUUAACAACUAGCUUAUAGAUUUGGACACUUUAUACCUUUGCCCUUGGGUUGAUUACAGUCGUACUGUGUUCUGAUGUACGGAUGUUCAUUAUGUUUCCAUGUUAAAGUUCCUUUCUUUUACCUUCAUUGUUUUACUUUUUUAUUUUUAAUUGUUUGCUUUUGAAAAUUAUUAAGUCUCUGAUUUGCUGAUUUUUUUUUCUUGAAGUAUUAUUAAGAUUGUAUUUUGUGUCAUUUUUAAAGACCUUUGUCAUUUAAAACGGUCUGCAAUAGACUGUUUUCACUGAAAAGUGUUUGACAUUCCUCGUAAUUUUUUGACUAUGGAUGGCUUGUUUAUUUUUUUUUGUAAUUUGGAGAUUUUUCCUCAUGGGAGAUGGGGGUAGAGAGGUUCUUAGAUAGUUCUCUGGCUCUCUAUUGGCCAGGUUUUUGGUCUUUGUGGGUGGGGGAUAGGGCUAUUAGUCUAGGAUUUUUCUUUUGGGCUGAAUUGAAGCUACAACAAUGUCUCUGUUGUCAUAUCUUCUGGUUCCUCUUUAAACUUUCCCUCUUCUUGAUUCAUGAGUUUCCUAUGCAAAAUGGUUAACACUUUACAUACUACAUUGUUUAUUUAAGGAAAAUAGAUAUCAUUAAUUAUUUUGGAAUUAUUAAUUUUGUUUCAUGGAAUACAAAUGGUUUGAAUCAUCCAAUUAAAUGCAAGAAGAUUUGUAGAGUUUUUCAUAGACUGAAUGCUCAGAUUAUGUUUGUGCAGGAGGCUCGUGUGAGGAAGGAGGAUAAUCAGUACUUCUUUAGGUUUUGGAAAGGCCAGCAGUUUCACUCAUUGACUAAGGUGAAAGGUGUUUCUUUUUUCUAGACUCCUGGAACUUAUUUCUUCACUAUGAUACAAUUUCAGACCCAUAUUCUGGAUCUCUAUUAGACACUAAUUAACUUUAUAAAGAUAAAUUAAUUUUGGUUAAUAUUUAUGCACUGAAUACUGACUAUCCUGAAUUCUUUAAGCAUGUUUUUGUAUUUUUUCUCAAUUUAAAUGAAUAUAUGGUAAUAUUAGGUGGAGAUUUUAAUUGUUGUCAGAAUCCUAUGAUGAAUGAUGGUUCAUCUCUAUUUUACUUCAGGGCACAAGUUUUGUUAAUUUCAUUAAAAAACAGAUUGCCUUUUUCUUUUCAACUAACUCAAUUGAAGAAAUUUUCAGUGGGAUAUUAUGCAAUACCUUUAAAACAUAUAUCUGAGGGCAAAUUAUCUCAUACUCUGCUGGAUUGAAAAAUUCUUAAUGAAAUAUGUACAUUGGUUAAUAAUAUUAAAGAAAUUGAUAGAAAAUAUUAUUUUGCUCCCAUUUUAAAUCUUUAUAAAGAGAGAAUUGAACUUCAGAUGCAACAUCAUUUGUUAUUAACAUCCCCGAUUGAAGAUUAGUUACUUAAAACUAAGAGUCUAUUUUAUAAAUAUGGUAAUAAAUCAGGAAAAUUAUUAGGUAACCAAUUAAAAGUGAUUUGGCAAAACUUCAGAUUAAUAGGGUUUGCAAACGGGAAGGUAUUUUGACGGUUGACCAUGGUGAAGUUAACAAAUCUUUUAGACAAUAGACAAUAGGUGCAGAAGUAGACCUUUUCGGCCCCUCGCGUCUGCACCGCCAUUCUAUCAUGGGGCUGAUCAUUCACUAUCAAUACCCAGUCCCUGCCUUGUCCCCAUAUCCCUUGAUUCCCCUAUCCAUCAGAUAUCUAUCUAGCUCCUUCUUGAAAGCAUCCAGAGAACUGGCCUCCACCGUCUUCCAAGGUAGUGCAUUCCACACCUGCACAACUCUCUGGGAGAAGAAGCUCUUCCUCAACUCUACCUCUUAUUCUCAAUCCAUGCCCUCUGGUACUGGACUCUCCCAACAUCUGGAACAUAUUUCCUGCCUCAAUCCUAUCAAAUCCUUUAAUUAUCUUAAACGUUUCAAUCAGAUCCCCUCUCAAUCGCCUCAAUUCCAGCGUGUACAAGCCCAAUCUCUCCAAUCUCUCUGCGUAAGACAGCCCUGCCAUCCCAGGAAUCAACCUAGUGAAUCUACGCUGCACUUCCUCAACUGCCAGAAUGUCCUUCCUUAAACCUGGAGACCAAAACUGUACACAAUAUUCCAGGUGUGGUCUCACCAGGGCCCUGUACAAAUGCAAAAGGACAUCCUUGCUCUUGUAUUCAAUUCCCCUUGUAACAAUCAGAAUUUCCUGAUGAUUCUACAAUAAUGCAUGAAUUUUAAAAGAAAUUAAAUAUUCUGAAAUUAUCAGUUAAUGAACGUUUAGUGUUAGUCACACCCAUUACUGAAGGGGAAGUAAGCAAUUUAGUCAAUGAAUUCUGGUAAAGCACCUGGUCUGGAUGGUAUACUGCUGAAUUUUUCAAAUCUUUUUCUGAUUUACUUUCUCCUGGUUAGGUAAAAAUGUUAAAGAUGCUUUAUUUAUAGGUAAAUUACCACAAUCCUUUUAUGAAGCAUCUAUUUCUUUAAUUCCUAAAAAUGAUAAAGAUCUCACUGAAUGUGCAUCAUACAGACCUCUAUCUUUGUUGAAUGCGAAAUCUAAAAUCCUUUCUAAAAUAUUAGCAAUUAGAUUGAAGAAGGUAUUGCCACAAAUUGUCUCUGAGGAUCAGACAGGAUUUAUUAAAAAUCAUUAUUCACAUUUUAAUGUUUGGAGAUUAAUGAACAUUGUAUACACUAUUUUAUCUAAGACUCCAAAAUGUUAUCUUGCUCGAAACCGAGAAGGCGUUUGAUACACUUGAAUGGGAAUUUUUUUUACUGUAUUUGAUAAAUCUAAUUUUAGCCCAAAAUUUAUAUUUUGGAUCCAAUUGAUAUAUACUUUUGGCGUCUGUUUCACUAAUAAUCAGAGAUCCCCUUUCUUUAGGCUUUUCCAAGGUACUAGACAAGGCUGUCCUUUGAGCCUCUUACUAUCAGCCCUUGGCAUCCCUAUUUGUGAUUCACCCAACUUAUUUGGUGUUACUCAUGGGAAUGGGACGCAUAAAGUAUCGCAAUAUGCAGAUAUAUGUCACUAUAUAUUUCUAAUCCAGAGAAAUCCAUUCCUGCAGUAAUAACACGACUUCCUCAGUUUAGUAGUUUUUCUGCCUAUAAACUGAUUCUGAAUAAAAGUGUGCUUUAUCCAUUAAAUAUGCAAUUCUCGAUGAGUAGACAGUCAUCAUUUAGAUUGGUUGCUGAUUAAUUAUUUGGGUGUUAAAAUUACUAAGAAUCGCAACAAUUUAUUUAAAGUUAAUGUUUACCCUUAAUUGAUCAUGUUAAACAAUUGUUUACUAAAUGGUCCCCAUUGUCCUUAUCCUUGGAUUGGUUACAUUAAUGCUAUUGAGAUGAUUAUUUUACCUGAAUUUCUGUAUCUAUUUUAUGCAAUAUCAAUUUUUAUCCCUAAAUCUUUCUUUUUGAUAUUAUUGAUUCUAAAAUUUCUUCAUAUAUACGGCAGAAUAGAAAUUCCUGCUUAACGAAGAAAUAUUUACAGCAGUCAAAAAAGGAAGGCGGAUCCUAGAUUUUAUUAUUGGGCAAUUAAUAUACGAUGUUUAACGUUUUGGACACAAGAGAUGGUUGAAACUUAGUGUCCAGGAUGGAUGAACCUCGAGUGUGAGUCUGUACAGGAGUUUUCAUUGGCUUCUAUUUUAAAGGCUUUGCUCCCCUUUGCACUUACUAAAUUGAAUAAACAAAUGGUAAAUCCAAUAAUUAAACGUAAAAUAGAAAUAUGGUUUCAAUUUUGUAAAGUUUUUGGACAAUAAAUAUAUACUCUCAAGUUCUAUCAUAUCUUUUUUUUUCUUUCAACCGUUUAAAUUGAUCAAGCUUUUCUUUUACGGAAAACAAAGGGAAAAUUAUGUUUUCGUGACUUAUUUAUGGCUGAUUGUUUUAUGUCUUUUGAACAGUUUUCUAAUAAAUAUGAUUUCCCUAGA